GCCUGCGCUUUCGGUUCCUUCCCCUGUUUGCGCUGUACUUUUACCUUCCCACCGGCGUCGCGUCGCGUGGGCUUUCCGAUUCCAGGGAAGGGAAGGGAAAGGAAAGGAACUGAUCUGCGAAUCGCGAGGGGGGAGGGAGGCCGGGGACGGGAGGGGGUUUGAGAGGGGCGGCCAUGCGCACCAAGCACCUGAUACCCCACCACGCCGCGGGGUACACCUACGCGCGCGCGUACCCCACCAUCGGCGGGGGAUACGGCGGCGGCGGCGGUGGGGACGGGGGUGAUGGAGGUGUCGACCCGUUCGAGCGGUUCCCCGAGGAGGUGCUCGGGCUGAUCGUGUCCAAGCUGCCCUUCAGGUCGGCGGUCGCCGCGUCGGCCAUCUCCCGCCGGUGGCGCGGCGUGGCGGCGGCCGCGCCGGUGCUGGACCUCGACUUCGCCGCGGCGUUCCCGGCCGCGCCGCGCCGCAGGGCGGCAUUCGCGGCGGCCGCCACGGCCGCGCUCUCGCGGCCGCACCACCCGCUCUGCCGCAUCCGCCUCGCCCUCGACGGCCUCUUCGACCAGGCCUUCGCCGCCUCCGCGGCCAACCACCUCGCUUCCUGGCUUGCCGCCGCCGCCGUGCGCGGGGUCGAACAGUUGGAGCUCCACCUCCCCCGCUCCCGCCUCGCCGUCCUCCCGCCUUCCCUGAUCGCCUGCACCAACCUCACGUCCCUCACCCUGCGCCUCGACCACUACGCCCACCCUCUCCCGUCUCUCCGCUCGCUCACACGGUUGUCCCACCUCCACCUCGCCGCCAUUACGCUUGCUGGCGACAACUUCUUUGCAGACCUCUUCUCACACUGCAAACAGCUCCGCUAUCUGGUCCUCGAAAAAUGUCGCAUUGGCGCGCUCUGUCUAGCCGGCUCAAUGCAGCUUUGCUCCCUCGCCAUCACGGACUGUUCUUGGAUACAACAGUCUUCUAUUGCCUUCUCCGAUAUGCCUGCUUUGCGCACCCUCCACUACUCGGGUGCAAUGGCAAGCAGACACAUUAUCGACAAUGUCGAUUCUUUAGAAGAAGUCGUUCUUGCCAUUAAGCAGCCGCAGGUCAAGCUCCAGGAGCCUAAUCUGAGAGAGCUUCUUACUUUGGUUGGGAAUGUGCAUAGCCUUAUGCUUUCUCCCUGGUGCAUUGAGCAAUUUGCACGUCCCGAGGAGUGGUCCAAGGUGCGGCUAAAUAAUGUUAGGCAGUUGGCAUGCGUAAUAGAGAGGAGAGAAGAAGGUGCUGCAUCCAUCGCACCGUUGCUUGCGAAUUGCCAAAAUGUCGAAGAACUCUCGGUAUCUGUCGUGCCAUCGCAAUGCAAGCGGAGACGAGGCAGUGAUGAUGGAUCAUACCAUGGUGUUCUGGGCGGUAAAGGGGCCGUGCUGAGGCAUCUCAGGGCCGUUAGGAUGGUGUACAUUGAUGAGAGCAAGAGUGGAUUGGAGCUGGUUAAGCUUCUGCUCAAAAACACACCAAUGUUGGAGAUGAUGACUAUUGUGCCUUCGAUGGACGGCCUCGAGCAGGCAAAGUUCCGGCGCAGGGUACUGAAGCUCAGAAAGGCCUCCCGAGAUGCCGACAUCCAGUUUUCUGCUACUGGAUGAUGAGAUAAUUUUGUUGUGUUAAUUUAUCAAGCCUCAUGAUGUAGCCCUGGAAGAAGUAAGUUGCCUAGCAUUGAUGAUGAUUAUGUUCUUCUGGUCUUAUUCUGGCCAAUUUUACAUUUUAAUUAAUUAUAGAGUUGAUGAGAAUUUUCAUCCAUCGUCGGGGCUCCAUGUAGCUUGACAUACUUGUAAUUCCAAUCCUUUAGUGAAGUAGCUUUCACCCUUAGAUAUACUUUUAUAUUUGUUGGAUACUGAUACCAAGUUUUAUCUUAGGUGUACAUGCUAAUAAAUUUCCUCAAUAGCUAAAAAUUGAGGAAAGUGUGUAGUACUUGCAUACUCGCUGGAUUUUCUUUUUAUGUCAUAUGAUAGUAUGAUAUUAUAAUUU